AAAGAGAAGAUCUUAACCUGAUGAUAAGGAGGAGUGAAAGUAAAUGGAGUGGGACUGUGGUAGUCUGCCUACAUCCAUCAAUGGUGUACAUGUUGUAGUCCAAUGAGUCCACGCCGCCGCCAAGCCUAUGUACACCUGCCCCCACAUGCCCCAGCGAAGCCCAUCCCCGCCAGAUUCCGUGUCCGUAAUUAAUGUUUCCGUGACUGUAGCAAUGACAGGAGAGUUUUUUGGACCAUCCUCAUCUGAUUCCACGCCCGAGUGUCCACAGCCAGCGACCUUGACUCUUCGUAAGCUUCCUCUUGCUCCCAAAAGAGUUCUCAGUGUGUGCUGCAGCUGCUGCAACAAGUGUGACAGUGCUCAAAAUUACCCUUUCCAUGAAGAAGGAUACAGUGAAAAAUCUAGAACCCAUGUGCUUUGUUUUACACAGUGAAGUUCCUCUUAAAAUCUGUUGCUAAAGUGAAGGAAAAACAGCUUGAUGAGAGCCCGAGAGGGUUGCCAUCGAUGCAGGAUAUGGACAUGACACGGGUCUGUCCAUGAGGACAGAUGUGACAUUUGGAGGAGCUGAGGUGCCACACAUGCAAGACCUGACUGGAUCCUGGCUGAGAGGGAUCACCCAAGGACAAGUGAGGGGUGGCUGAAGCUGAGGAGACCCAAGGCAAGGUUGGCCAGCUGUGUGAUGGCUGGCAGCAGAAGAGUCUUGUAUCCUCCAUCAACCAUGAUGAUCCUGCUAACCCUGGCAGCCUUCCCUGCCAUCUCGGCCCUAAUACCUGAAGGGAUGGCACAGCCUUCGGAAACCCCCCGGCCCCAGGUGACGCACUGUGAGCUAUACAACAGCACACAGUGUACUGGGGACAACUCUCUCUCGCCUGUGUGUAAGAAGGAAAGCCAUCCGUGUGAGGACCUAGAGAAGGCCAACCAGUGCUUUGUGGUGUGGAGUAACAUGUCUGGCACGCCAGAAGUAAUCUACAAGGGAUGUUUAUGGAAUUAUAAAACUUGCAAAGAUGAGUGCAUCAGCACUGAGCCAGUGAACAGUCUUACAGAGCAGAAGCCUCACCUGUUUUGUUGCUGCAACAACAACAAUUGUAAUCAGAACUUCUCGUGGCAGCCUAAGGUUGAGGUCCCCAGCACCACCCCAGAGGGGCCUUUAAGAAACAUGAUCCCCGCAGCUACUGGGUUAAUGGCCCAGGGUAACAGGGCUUACACUGGAAAAAGGGAUAAAAACCUUAUAAACAUCCUGCCACCCCAGGAACAGGACAUGGUUGUACAGACAGUGGCUUGGACCCUUGGGACCCUCAUCCUGUUGGUGGUUACGGUGACAGUUCUCUUCUACCUCUAUAGGAGACAGAAAAUGGCCAACUUUAUGGCAAUACCUCGAGUGGAGUCCACAGCCCUUGUUCCUCCCUCUCCACCGAUGGGCUUGCGACCCAUACAGCUGAGGGAGAUCAAAGCCAGAGGCCGGUUUGGUGCUGUGUGGAAGGCCAACCUUCACAAUGACGUUAUUGCUGUCAAGAUCUUCCCAGUCCAGGAUAAACAGUCGUGGCUGGUGGAGACGGAGGUGUACUCCCUCCCUCAGCUGUCCCAUGAGAAUAUCCUACACUACAUUGGGGCAGAGAAGCGUGGCGAUAGCCUUCAGGCUGAGUUUUGGCUUAUUACAGCCUACCAUGAGAGAGGCUCCUUGUGUGACUUUCUAAAGGCCAACCUCGUGACAUGGGAUGAACUGUGCAAGAUUGGCGAGUCAAUGGCCCGGGGGUUAAUGUACAUGCAUGAGGAGCAACCGGCUUCCAAGUGUGAGGCCCUCAAGCCUGCCAUUGCCCACCGAGACUUCAAAAGCAAAAAUGUGUUGCUGAAGAAUGACCUGACUGCCUGCAUUGCUGACUUCGGCCUUGCUUUGACCUUCCACCCUGGACAGUCAACUGGUGACACUCAUGGACAGGUGGGCACAAGGAGGUACAUGGCCCCUGAAGUCUUGGAAGGGGCCAUCAAUUUCCAGCGUGAUGCCUUCUUACGCAUUGACAUGUAUGCCUGUGGCCUUGUGCUGUGGGAGCUGCUGUCCAGAUGUUCAAGCCCAGAUGGACCCAUACCUGAGUACCACUUGCCAUUUGAGGAGGAAGUUGGCCAGCAUCCAACAUUGGACGACAUGCAGGAGUGUGUCGUCACCCAAAAGGCUCGACCUGUCAUCCACGACCAUUGGCGGAAGAAUGCUGCCAUGAUGGGAUUGAUAGACACCAUGGAGGAGUGCUGGGACCAUGAUGCAGAGGCCCGUCUCUCAGCUUCAUGUGUGGUGGAGAGGCUGGCCAGCUUCUCAAGGAACCCCCAGUUUUCCCCUACCUCAAAUCCACAGAAGGAGUCGAGUAUAUAAGGCCAAGGUGUGGUGGCCACGUACCUGGACAAGUACCUGUGCUGUAACCGCCUAUGAGGGUCCUGGUGCGGGGGAGAGCCCAGCCACCAUGUCCCGCAGGCACCAGCUGUGUUGGGGGCCUCGUGUGUCGGCCUCAGUAACCCUCCCCCCUCCCUUCUCCAAUCAGCUGCACACCACAGCCAGACACUUGGUCAUAUUCACAGUUACCCGGUGACACCAGUUUUGUCUGGUCAAAGAGGGUUGGGUUCAGGGAAUUUCUCUUCACAUUUGAAAAAAAAAAGUACUUUUACUCUCGGCAUCUAAAUUGGCACUGAUGGGUGAGAGUCUCCGUUAGUUAGAUAGAUACGUCUUCCUGUAAUUAAUUAGUGCAAUAGUUUGAUAUCCCUGGCGGUGCUUCAAAUGCAUUUUUAUGGACUGAUGCAAAAAUCAUACUUAGCGGGAAGUAAAUUUUGGGAUCCUAUAGUCCAACCAUAAUUGAUCUGGCUUGUGUGGUUGGGAGAGGGGGGAGGCUUAAAGUGUGGUGCCAAAGGGGUCAACAGGGAAGUUCUGGGACUGUUAGAUAGAGCCACCCAAGUGAAGGUAGCUUGUGGGAAUUCACUCCAUGGCCUCAUGACUCCCCAUAGGUUGAGAUGCUCCAUAACACUACCCUCUCCAGCAUUAUUGUUGGGAUCAUGUUUCCUUGUGUUGGGCUUGAAAGGGUUAACAAUAUUUAGCUGUUAUUAUUACUGUCCAAAAAAGAAAUUGAUGUUCUUUGAAAUACUUACACUUAUUGGUAUCGGCUGUUUAUUUAUGUUACGAACAUGCAAGAAGGAAACCCUGUACAUUUAGUGCAGACUAUAGCAUGCGCAGCUGCUAACAUAGAAGAAUGAAAGAGGAUCUCAUGGUGCGUGUUGCCAUAAUGGAAGAAGCACCAAGAGGUAAAAUUAUUUUCGUAAAGUAUCUAAAUAAAAUUUCAAGAGGAAUGUUUUCACGUGCCACCCACACAGGGACCGUCUUGGGCAUUCCUACCUCUGAAUCCUCACUGUAAGUCUCCUGAUGUGAGUUGAGGAGCUGUGGUGCUGCUUCCAUCUUGUAGGACGGCUGUGGAAAGUGAAUUCUGAAUCUUCAUCACCAUCCGAUUGUUUGGUGUGUACGAUGGAGCUGGAGAUCGUGCAUGGAAAGUGGUGUUCACAGCUGUCAGUGCAUUUCCUGUCAAUGAGAAACAUGGUGUCUAUUUAACCAUCAACAGACAAUUGCAUCCAGCCAUUCAGUUUUGCAGCUCAGUGCAGCUUCAAGCUCAGUAACUCAGGCAAAAGGAAAACUAUGGUUGUGCCUCCCUGGCAAGUGUCUAAUGGCGUAUGGGGAAGAGUGGCUGUGGGUUCGUCUGUCCUAAACUGAAAUUUCCCAUCUGUGUUGAAAACUGGAUGGAUUGCAGUGUUCUAAUCAGUGAAGCUUUUGUUUUUAAUUUUUGCUUAGAAAGACUCUAUAGUGUGAAUGAUUUCUACAUAAAAAGGAAACAUAGUAUUUCAGCCCACUAUGUUCAUUAUCUGUGUGUCGUCAGUGCCAGCAGAGCUCCGACACUGUCUGCUGGGCUAGUAGGACACAAGACGAGCCCAGCCAUUGUGAGGCCAGUGGAGGGCCACAAUCGGGCUGCCCCUUUACUGUCAGCUCAGGACAAACUUCAGUGACCACCCUGUUACCACUUUGCCCCCACACACGUACAUACAUACCCUCAUCUUGUAUAUAUUUGCGCCUUGUUUGUAGCAUUACACAAGUUGUCGCCAACAAAAUGAAACUAGUGAUUAUUUUAAAUGUGGUUUAUUUGUGAAACCAAUGGUGCUUUUUUUCUUCUAUUUCCAAGAUGAAUGUUAAUUGUUAAACACUGAAUCAAGCCAGCAUGAGUGUGGAAACAAAGAGGCACAUUGCCCACUCAGCAUUGUAAAUACCUCAUUAUUGUACACAGCAUUAUGACUUGUGACAUCCAGACCUCACCAUGACAGAUCCUGAAUGCUUAUAAGCAGAAUUCUAUUACUUCUUGAUUGUGUAUAGUAAGUUCUCUCUUGUUUGGGAACUAUAGUUGUUGGAAAGCCAUAGAAAGGUCAUUUUAUUGAUCCAGAAAACUUAAAAGAGGAAACUAAAGUAAACUCUGGUCUCUGCAAUUUAAUUCUUGUCAUUGUAGUUCAGCCAUUAAGAGGCUAUGAGAGAGAAAGAAAGAGAGAGAGACUGUAAAAUGAGAAAAUAGAUAAAAGCAAAGAGAAAAUUGAACUUUGCAAAACUUUGACCUUGGGAGACUUGAGUUCAUCUGCUGUGAGGCCUUCUGAGGCGAGGACGAGGCAGUGUGACUGUCAAACGAGGACUGGAGGCGUCAUGUGAUAGAUUGGAUACGUACAGGGACUUUUGGGCACAGGUACCGCCUGUGCCUUGGGGAACCACUUGUCACUGUUACAAGACUGUGUAUGGGGGGAAAUUUGCUAUUUUCUUGUACUUCCUUGAAUUAAUUUAAUUUUAUUUUAUGUUCAUUACUUGUUAGGACACCCCCUUUAUCCUUGUUGUUCCUUGCAGGCAUGAAUGUAAUGUCUCAUAUAUCUGUAUCCCAUGUAGUAGUAUAAAGUAAUCGAUAUUGAAGCUUAUUCCCCAUGAACAAUCUUAUGAGGUGAACUGUAAUGUUAGACCUGCUCGGUAAAAUGUGCAGCUUAAUGCAAGUUAUCUAAACACCCAGAAGGCUAGACAUGGAGCCUUUACUUUGCAUUAUUAUUAUUAUUAUUAUUAUCAUUGUUAUUUUUAUGUGAAUGAAAUACUGUCAGGAAUGUUAAACCAUUGUUCAACUUCAAACAUACGAAGUUGCAUUCACACAUGCUGUGUGCGCAUACAGAAAAUACUACAAAACUAAAUCACUAAGCCAUAAACAUGAAAGAUUUGAGUCCAUUAGAGCACUCAAUGACUGAAAAUUAAUUAGGGAAAUAAAUAAUCAUUAUUAAAAAUAAUUAGUUAUAUUUUUAUAUAUUUAUGGGAAAAGAAUUUUUAUGUAGAGUUCUUUGGAGUAUGCUCAUUAAAUUUUGUAAUACAGUGUAUCCAAGGUCUACAUCAUCACAUAAUUAGCUGAACUUUACUAAUUGGGAAGGAAGUGGUUGAUGAUGGGAAGUCUGACCCCUAGUGUGAGUUAGCUCCUGCCUGUUGGCGGCACAGCGCCACAGUCUGCUCAUCCACACGGGCCUCAACCCACUGCCCUCCCGCCCACCUGGGAAGCCUAGAGCAAACCUUAGGCCUUCCCUCAUGCACUUGUUAAGCUAAAUAAGUAUUCAUCUAAUGGAUAUUAGUGGCAAGUGACAGUAUUUUGUACAUUGUUAUAUGUGGAGAAUCCACAGAUAUGAAAGAAAUAAGCCCUAAUAUUUAAAGGACCUUAGUUAUCUUCUAAACAAAAUUCCCAGUGAAUCACCAAUUUGAUUUAAAUGAAAGAUAUUCUAAAACCAAAUUUGAAUAACAUUGUCUUUACAGUGUUGGUUCCAAGAACCAGCUGUCUUGAUUCAGCCUAUGUGUUGUAGACAGGGCUAGCAGUCUGCUUCAAGGGCUCAUUGCUACAAGCAUUUAGUUUUGAUACACAGAGUUUUGUGUGCCAAAAUAUCACCACUCCCUCAUACUUCCAGUCUCAGAUACUUUCGUGCAAGACAAUGACAAUUCAGGGACAUGGAGCCUGAGCUUUGGCUCCACGAAGGGAGUUUUGAGGUGGAGUUUGUCACCAGAAGUAGGGAAUGUCACUAUCUUUAAACUAGAGCACAAUGUAGUGUGUUGUGGUGGUCCAGGCUGGGCUUGCAAGUCAUUGGUCACUCAAACACCCAUCACAACACUGUCCAACUCCAAACUUCUUGCAGCAGAUAUGGCCACAUUCCAUCCCACCAUCACCUUCACCAUCACUUCAUUACCUCAUAGUAGUUACUGGUCAGGUCAGGUGGCAUCAGGUACAAUAUUUUAAUUUUUGCCAGGCAUCUCACCCCUAAGCAUUUAUCAUCAUCCCCUCACAGACCUGCAGGUUCAGCAGUCACUGGUGUGUGUGGCUCAGCUGCACUCGCUUAUCUCAGGCAUCUAAGUUUGUACAACAUUCAUCUCCCUGGUCUCCACAUCAUGUUUAUAUAUUACAGGUUUAUUCAUCCCAUGUACAAUAUUCAUCCCAAAUCAUCUUUCUUAAUUAUAUAUUUACAGAUUUACUCAUCCCAAGUCAGGGGCUCAUGUUUGAGUUGUAUUUUGUUGAGUUGAAGCAGGUUAAAUGUUCCCUAAAGUACUUCUGUCUUCCCAUCUGCCAAGUGUUGCCUCCAGCAGCCUGGGGGCAGCUCACAGUGGCGGUGGUGUAGGGUGUCACACUUGGGGUCGGCUUCCAGUGCCACCUGCCAGAACCCUCCAUGCUCACGGGGUAUUCAGCUGUUUUAUUGGAUACAUCACUGGAGUCAUACAUGCAUGUGCACUAAUGCUCAGGCCUACACACACAUGUACAUGGCCAUACUUUUAAAGACAGUUGCAUACAUUAAUAAAUGCAUGUAUCAAUAUAAUAUUUUUUAUUGACACUUAAGUAUUUAUACACAAUUACAUGAAACAAUUCAGAUACAUGAACAUCUGCAAUAUCUAUUUGGCUUAACAUGUUACUAUCAUUAUUAUUAUUUAUUUACUUUUAUUUAUUUUUUCUUGCCUACAUUUUGGUAGAGCAUGUGUGAGGUGGUGGUGGCCAGCUAGUGCCCCUAACUGGGCCACCUCAGCUGGGAAGUCAGGGAAGCCACCAUUUGUGACAAUAUAUAAAUAUUUAGUUGUAGUUCACUUGUAGUGUACAAUUAGAUCUGAGGUUUUUUUGUUUGUUUUUUUCAGUUUACACAAUUUUUAUGCAUUUUUUAUCUUAUAUUUGCUUGUUACACUAGAUUAGAAGAAGUUUAAUGUCUUUUUAGGCAGACUGACUUGUGUAACAUUGUUUUUGCAUUAAGGCAGGUAUUUUUUGAUGUUUAGGUUACAGCAUGAAAGAGGUUGGUAAAUAUUUCCUGGUGUAAUAGGAAGCUGAAUAUGCUCGGCAGCAUGACUUUAGCUGAUCAAUUUUAAUUUUGUUUGUUAAACUUUUUGGAGUCCAUAAUCCACUCAAAAUAGGGAAACCCUACUUCUUUUGUGCUGUUUCCAAUUGCAUAUAGAAUAAAUGUUUUCAUGCUUUGAGAGGGCUGAUGAUGAGACAUUUGUUCUGUUGCAUAGCCAGCCCAAACCCUGUUGUAUAGUCAUGUCUGUGUAUACAAGAGUACUGUAGCACAGGAAGAGCAUCUGAAAUGAUAUGUAAUGGAUAAAGCUACAGUUAAGAGAGACAGACCAGCUGGGAACAGAGUGGGCUGGCUCACUUGGCUAGGGAGCACAGGGCAGCCGGGAGGGUAACUUUAUGUACGGGUCAUUGGAAGGAAGGAUGCGAGGGAGACCUGUUGGGCCGGACGGUGAAGGUUGGACAGGCAGCUGAGAUUGGCAGCAUGUAGCCACAUUCAAGUUCCUAUUGUGGUCACUGUGGGAAGGUUCUCACCUCCAAGUAAAUACUCAGAGUAUUCUCAAGGACUUUCUGGCAACCAAGUUUUAUUUUUAAUUAGUUUCAUUAUUGUUAUUUUUGCCUCUCCCUCCAGCACUCCUCCAGUGAGCACUUCAGGGGAUGUGUAAUGUAAUGUUAAAGUAUUCCACUACCUCAUACUAUUUCCUUUGCUGUCCUGAACUUACUUCACCAGUGCUACAUAAAGGCAUCAGACCUCACAGAUUUCUACUUCUAUUUUUAGUAUUUUGUUUGUUCUUUUUUAAGUGCUGCAGCCUGCUGUUGUUGGGUUGUUGUAAAUAUAGAAAACAAGAAGGUGCGUGCUGGCAGUGAUCUGCUGUGAGGCGUAGAGAGUGUGGGUGCCAGAGUUGUCUUCUCAGGUGUAGGUAGUGGGACGCUCCUAAAGAAAACAGGAAUGAGCCAAAUUCUAGUGUUUUAACAUGACCAUCCUGUUGUUUGUUGUUGUUGUCCUGUUGACUCGCCUGCCUGUACAGUGCCAUGCUGUCUCAUUCCACAUUUGUUGGGUCCCUAACCCCCAGUGGCCAUACCAUGCAAUGCUGCCCUCACCUUGAUCCCAGACCCCAUAGUUUACCUCUUGUGGCCCCUCAGCAACACCAAGCACCAUUGAGCAAAAGAGAGGAACAAUUUACUGUAGAGUGUAUGCUUAAACUAAGACACUGUUGAUGGAUUAAAACAAGAAGAGAUAAGCUGUUAACAGGCAUGCCACACCAGACCCCUUUUGCUCACGAAUUAUUUUGUUAUAAUGAUGUUUUUAUUUGGUGGCCGCCCUCAACAACGAUAGGCUAUGCUAAAUGUUUGCGAAAGUAGAAGCUGUAGUUGUAGGUAGAUAUUUGUUAUUAUAAGGAACAACAAAUACUAGUACAAGAAAACAUGUAUUGCAUUUUAAAUACUGAACUGAAUUUGUGAUCCUAGGGGGGAUUGUUUGAAGGUAAGCUUUCUCCUGAAUGAAGUGAGCUAAGUCUACCACAACUGUAUCAGCAGCAUGUUUCGUGUUCCUUUAUUUUUAAUGAUCAUAAAUUAAUACAACUUACAUCAAUAUUA